AUGGUGAGCUCUCCGAAAUCCAAAAGGAAGCUCGGUCGUGAUGCUUCUAUCAGCCCUCCACCAUUGCGAAGGAAGCUCCAGUCCAAUACAACACAAACCGCUGUUGCGUCCUUCUUCACCCCUGCUUCCCAGAAACCUCCCGAGAAAAUCGUGUGGCAAGAGCGCGCGCCGAAUGAUGACACACCAAGCACGCUCGUCGUCGGUAAAUACCAGGCUCCGGAUAGCUCCUCGUCAUGCUCGAAGUCUAUCGCUGGCAACAGCAAGAGGUACAAAAUUGCAGCUUUUGACUUUGACUCGACUCUCAUCUCAACUGCAUCGGGCAAAAAACACGCCACAGAUGCGAAAGACUGGAAAUGGUGGCACGCGUCUGUUCCGGAAAAGCUACGGAAAUUAUACACGGACGAGGGUUUUCGGGUCGUAAUCGUUAGUAACCAAGGAGGAAUUUCCCUGAAAGCCGAUGCCAAAGCUCCGAAGGCUCAUCUUUCCAGGUUGGUGUCGUUCAAAUCCAAGGUUUCGGUUGUGUUAGGUCAGCUGGACAUUCCCCUGAGUAUCUAUGCUGCUACUGGAAAAGACAUCUAUCGGAAGCCAAGACCGGGUAUGUGGACGGAGAUACUCCAAGACUACGACAUCAGCCCAGAUUUUGUUGAUCAUGACAACUCGAUUUUCGUCGGCGAUGCUGGCGGUCGUGAUGCAUCCAACGGUCAGCCAAAAGACUUCUCGUGCUCCGACCGGAACUUUGCUCGUAACAUCGGGGUUAAGUUCUACACUCCGGAGGAAUUCUUUCUCGGAGAAGCACCGCGCCCUUUUACUCGUCCAUUCGAUCCUGCCGACUACGUCGACCUGUCUCCUGCUCAAGUUUCCGAACCCUAUGAAAAGAAGCACGACUGCGACAUUGUCUUGUUCUGUGGCAGUCCAGGCGCUGGAAAGUCGACUUUCUUCUUUAGAAAUCUUGAACAUCUUGGCUACACCAGAAUCAAUCAAGACAUUCUAAAAACGCGAGAGAAGUGUCUCAAGGCAGCGGCAGUGUGUCUCGCAGAAGGGAAAUCUGUAGCUAUUGACAACACGAAUGCAUGUCCCGAAGUUCGGAAGAAAUGGAUCGAAUUGGCUGCUAAGCAUGCUGUACCAAUUCGUUGCGUGUUGUUCACAGCAGCAUCUCAGAUUUGUGAACACAACGAUGCCGUGCGAGCUCUGAACGAUGUGAUGAACCCAGAAAAACGAACGAUCCUCCCCAGCAUGGCAUUCAAGGGGUUCGGGUCCCGGUACCGACGUCCACAGGUCGACGAGGGAUUCGAGGAUAUCACGGAGGUGCCAUUCACGUUCAUCGGGAAUGAGGCCGAACGACAAAUUUGGACUCGACAUUGGAUUUGA